GGUGGUGGCGGCGGCGGCGGCGGCGGCGGCGGCGGGGAGCGGACCGCUCGGAGCUGGACCGAGGAGGAGGAGGAAGAGGUGGAGGGCGGUGCUGUGUCCCCACAGGAGUCGGAGAGGAUGGCGGGGGCCGGCGGCCAGCACCACCCUCCGGGCGCCGCGGGAGGAGCGGCCGCCGCGGCCGGCGCCGCGGUCACCCCCGCCACUGCCUCGGCCGGGCCCGGAGAGGAUUCGUCCGACAGCGAAGCGGAGCAAGAGGGACCCCAGAAACUGAUCCGCAAAGUGUCCACCUCGGGGCAGAUCCGGACCAAGACCAGUAUUAAAGAGGGACAACUGUUGAAGCAAACCAGUUCUUUCCAAAGAUGGAAAAAGCGAUACUUCAAACUUCGAGGCCGUACACUUUAUUAUGCAAAGGACUCAAAGUCUCUGAUAUUUGAUGAAGUUGACCUCUCAGAUGCCAGUGUAGCUGAAGCAAGCACAAAAAAUGCUAACAACAGCUUCACGAUAAUCACUCCAUUCAGAAGACUAAUGCUUUGCGCUGAGAAUAGGAAAGAGAUGGAGGAUUGGAUCAGCUCGCUGAAGUCUGUACAGACCAGAGAACCUUACGAGGUGGCCCAGUUUAAUGUGGAACAUUUCUCAGGGAUGCAUAACUGGUACGCCUGCUCCCAUGCCCGACCCACUUUCUGUAACGUCUGCCGAGAGAGUCUUUCUGGAGUCACCUCCCAUGGCCUGUCCUGCGAAGUGUGUAAGUUCAAGGCUCAUAAAAGGUGUGCAGUGAGAGCAACAAAUAACUGCAAGUGGACGACCCUGGCGUCCAUCGGGAAGGACAUCAUAGAGAACGAGGAUGGGCUGGCUAUGCCCCACCAGUGGCUCGAGGGUAACUUGCCCGUGAGUGCCAAGUGUGCUGUCUGUGAAAAAACGUGUGGCAGCGUUCUCCGUCUUCAAGACUGGAGAUGCCUUUGGUGUAAAACGAUGGUACACACUGCCUGCAAAGAUUUAUAUCAUCCUAUAUGUCCACUUGGCCAAUGUAGAGUAUCUGUCAUACCUCCAAUUGCACUGAACAGCACUGAUUCUGAUGGUUUCUGUAGAGCAACAUUUUCAUUCUGUGUUAGUCCUCUAUUGGUUUUUGUCAAUUCUAAGAGUGGAGAUAAUCAGGGAGUAAAGUUUCUUCGCCGAUUUAAACAGUUACUAAAUCCAGCUCAGGUGUUUGAUUUGAUGAAUGGCGGUCCUCAUUUAGGUUUAAGAUUAUUCCAGAAGUUUGACAAUUUCCGGAUCCUUGUUUGUGGAGGAGAUGGAAGUGUAGGUUGGGUUUUGUCAGAAAUUGAUAAGCUCAACUUGAAUAAACAGUGUCAGCUGGGAGUACUGCCUCUGGGUACAGGAAAUGACCUUGCCCGGGUUCUUGGCUGGGGAGGCUCAUACGAUGACGACACCCAACUUCCUCAGAUACUUGAGAAGCUGGAACGAGCCAGCACCAAAAUGUUGGACAGGUGGAGUAUAAUGACCUAUGAACUCAAAUUGCCAGCAAAGGCUUCUCUACUUCCAGAACCUACAGAAGCAUCUGAAGAAUUUUAUAUGACAAUUUAUGAAGACUCAGUCGCAGCUCAUCUUACAAAAAUCCUCAAUUCUGAUGAACAUGCAGUGGUCAUAUCAUCUGCCAAGGUACUUUGUGAAACUGUAAAGGAUUUCGUUGCCAAAGUAGAGAAGGCGCAUGAAAAAACGUUGGAAAAAGCUGUUGCAGCCGAUGCUGUGGCCAAUAAAUGUUCAGUUCUAAAUGAGAAGCUUGAACAACUGCUCCAGGCUUUGCACACAGAUUCCCAGGCUAGUCCGGUUCUCCCGGGCAUCAGCCCUCUCAUUGUAGAAGAAGAUCCUGUGGAAUCUUCCAGCGAAGAAUCCUUGUGUGAAAGCAAGGAACAACUCUUGGAUGACACUACAAAACCUUCCUCCCAGAAAACUGUCAAACCGAGGGAAAUAAUGCUGCGGGCAAACAGUUUAAAGAAAGCAGUGAGGCAAGUCAUUGAAGAGGCCGGAAAAGUGAUGGAUGACCAGACAGUUCACUCCUCUGAACCAGUUAAUCAAUCAUUUGAUUACGAUAGCACAGAAACAGAUGAGUCUAAAGAUGAAUCAAAAGAAGAUGAUGCAAAAGCGUCAUUAACUGUUAAAACUGCACCUCGGUCUCCAGAUGGCCGGGCAAGUCGUUCCCAAACUGACUCUGGCUCUGGUCCUGCUGUGGCAGCCAGUAAAGAAAACCUCCCAGUGCUCAAUACCAGAAUAAUCUGCCCAGGUUUAAGAGCAGGACUAGCUGCCUCAAUUGCUGGGAGUUCUAUUAUCAACAAAAUGUUACUAGCAAAUAUUGAUCCUUUUGGUGCAACGCCAUUUAUUGACCCAGAUCCAGAUUCAGUAGAUGGAUAUUCAGAAAAAUGUGUCAUGAACAAUUACUUUGGGAUUGGAUUAGAUGCAAAAAUUUCAUUAGAAUUUAAUAAUAAGAGAGAGGAGCACCCUGAGAAAUGCAGGAGCCGAACUAAAAACUUGAUGUGGUAUGGAGUCCUUGGAACCCGGGAGUUAUUACAGAGAUCAUACAAGAAUUUGGAACAGAGAGUUCAACUUGAGUGUGAUGGGCAGUAUAUUCCUCUCCCCAGUCUGCAAGGGAUAGCAGUGUUGAACAUUCCCAGCUACGCCGGAGGCACUAACUUUUGGGGUGGAACUAAAGAAGAUGAUAUAUUUGCUGCACCAUCAUUUGAUGACAAGAUCCUGGAAGUCGUUGCAAUAUUUGAUAGCGUGCAAAUGGCAGUUUCAAGGGUCAUUAAACUGCAACACCAUCGAAUAGCCCAGUGCCGUACAGUAAAAAUCACUAUAUUUGGUGAUGAGGGAGUCCCAGUGCAGGUGGAUGGCGAAGCAUGGGUUCAGCCUCCAGGGAUUAUCAAAAUUGUGCACAAAAACAGAGCUCAGAUGCUCACAAGGGACAGGGCCUUUGAAAGUACUCUGAAAUCUUGGGAAGAUAAGCAGAAGUGUGAUUCUGGUAAACCAGUUCUUCGAACGCAUUUGUACAUCCAGCAUGCAGUUGACCUGGCGACAGAAGAGGUGUCUCAGAUGCAGCUGUGCUCACAGGCCGCAGAGGAACUCAUCACCAGGAUUUGUGAUGCAGCCACCAUCCACUGUCUUUUGGAGCAAGAGCUGGCGCACGCGGUGAACGCAUGCUCCCACGCACUGAACAAAGCCAACCCACGCUUCCCAGAGAGUCUUACGAGAGACACUGCCACUGAAAUAGCCAUCAAUGUGAAGGCCCUAUAUAAUGAAACAGAGUCUUUACUAGUUGGCAGGGUUCCUUUGCAGUUGGAAUCUCCACAUGAAGAGCGGGUAUCCAAUGCCUUGCAUUCCGUGGAGGUGGAGCUACAGAAAUUAACAGAGAUCCCUUGGCUUUAUUAUAUCUUACACCCAAAUGAAGAUGAGGAGCCCCCCAUGGAUUGCACCAAGAGAAACAGCAGAAGCACAGUAUUUCGUAUUGUGCCCAAAUUCAAAAAGGAAAAGGUUCAGAAGCAGAAGACAAGUUCACAGGCUGUUCAGAAAUGGGGCACAGAGGAAGUUGCUGCUUGGCUGGAUCUGCUCAAUUUGGGAGAGUACAAAGAAAUCUUCAUCCGUCAUGACAUCAGAGGGGCUGAACUCUUGCAUCUGGAAAGGCGAGAUCUUAAGGACCUGGGGAUACCGAAAGUGGGUCAUAUGAAGCGAAUUCUCCAGGGAAUUAAAGAGCUUGGAAGGAGCACACCCCCAGUCUGAGGUGUAAUCAUAUUGGUGCUAUUCCUUGGAAGGAAAGUAAUUGCUACUUAAUACAAAGUCCUUGGGAGCCAUUGGCUGUUCUUGUAGUUUUCUGCCUAGAUAAGUAAGCACCACUGAGGCACCUCUACGGCUUGAUAUGGGUGAAAAUUUUGAUUUGAGGUAUUAGAAAAUAUUUUGUGCCAAAAAAAUACAUUCCACAAAGCCAUUUUCUUAUUGUGCAAACCUGACACAUUCAAAUAUGCUCAUAUUAGUAAAAAGGUGGGAGGAAUCUGAGACAAUUGCAUUGUCCAAAAGGUGGAAUUGCACAAUGUUUACUUUCCUUUAACCUGGUCAGAUGGAAUGUUCUUACCAUGCAACCACAUAACAAUAUGUAGCUGAAACUUCUUGGGUUUCAUUAUUGGAGGCAUUGGCUUCUUACUUAAAAUCACUGGCUAGAAGACUAAGAUGUAAAUUAAGUGGUGUUUUGAAUUGGUAUCACCUCAGAUUCCUAGCUCUCAGUGGUCAAAGAAUAUGGUUAAAACCCCUCAAAUACUAUGAA